AUGGAAUCAGAGAGCCAUGACGAUGUUGUGUGAGUUCCUCAUAGGAUUAAGGAAGGGAAAGGUGACGGAUGUUUGUCGAAAAGGGAUUAGACACAUGAAUGAACUAUUGGUUUCAGUGUACUCGACGAUGGACUCGUCGUGCCCGCGGUCAAAAAGUACACCCCACUGCUGAAAAACCACAACGGAACGGAGCUUCUCCGAAUGAACGAGCUGUUCCGCGGACGGUUCAACGUGAAAGGGCUCAUAGGCCGAGGCGGUUACGGACAAAUAUACUAUGCCUCGGACUCCGUUGCCGGAGAAGCCGUCAUUAAGAUCGAGCCGGUGGUGCGGCAUGGCAAGACGAGCAAGAGAAUGCUCUUGGAGCAGAAGGUACUGUACCGCCUGCAGGGAAGACCUCACGUGCCGAUUAUGUGUGCUUCUGGACAUACGGAUAAACUCAAUUUCAUCGGUGAGCGCCGUUAAAGAAAAAUACGAAAAUGGAAAGUUCAGUGAUGCAACUUCUCGGACCGAAUAUCGGAGAUCUGAAGAAGCGGAGUCCGGUGAAGCGACUGAGUGCCCCGACCGUCGCGAGAAUCAUCAUUCAGGUGAUUCAGACAUGAAAAAAAGAAGAGAAUAGUGUGCGCAUUGCAGGGAAUCGCGGCUCUCCGCGACGUCCACUCGUUAGGCUAUAUUCAUCGUGAUGUGAAACCGGCGAAUAUGUGCUUCGGAAUCACGCAAAACGUGAGAGAAUUCCGCAUUCUCUGCGUCUGGUCGUUUCAGGUGAUCUAGUUGUUUUCCAGUCUCGCCACGUGCUCAAGCUGGUUGAUUACGGACUCGUUCGGAGAUUCAAAGACGCGGACGGCACCCGUCGGAAACCCAGAUCUCGGCCCGGGUUCAGGUGAGAAGGAAGAUGUUCGGUGGCAGUCAAACUCUUAUUCAGAGGAACCCUACGUUAUGUAUCGAUCCGCGUGCACGACCGGAAGGAGCAGUGUCCGGCCGAUGAUUUCGUCUCGAUGGCCUAUUCCGGAGCCGAGUUGCUGCUCAUCGACCUGCCAUGGAAGUGGCUCCAUAGCGAUGAGCUCAGAGGAGCCAAAGAGGAAUUCGUGAGCAAUCUCCUCCGUUUCGCAUCGAUUCUUUCGCUUCGUUUGCAGCAACAGCCCAACUCCGCGUUCCUCCAACUCACCGGAGACCUCUAUUCUGUCUUCUGUGCGGCCGUUUUCAGCCUUCGUUCCAGUGACGAACCGGACUAUUCUUCUCUGCAAUCGCUACUUUUUGUGAGUACGAAUGCGCACACAAUUCGAAACGAAUUUGCAGGAUAUGAUGGGUGUGAAGUCAAUGAAAGAUGCUUAUGACUGGGAGGAAAACUAUCGCGAAGUGUACGGAAGUGAGCGUCAGAAGCCAGCGGAUUCCACAUUCGAAAUCGGAGAACAGCAGGAAGAGAAGGUCGUGGAAGUUUAA